GAGGGUAGAGCGCAGUUUGAAUUGGCGUGAGGCGGGACGGAAGCGGCUGGCUGUGGUUGGGGCCAGGGCCGGAGCGUGUGCGUGGGGCGCCCGCUGUCCCCCGGCGUCGCGGAGGGGAGCAGGCCGUGGCUAUGGCCGCGGCCUUGGACAUGGAGGAGCGGCUACGGCAGAGCAACGCCCGCUUCGUGGCCUCCAUCAACCACAUCUUGGAGAGGUAUAAUCAACCUUUUGAAGAUGAUUUACUUAUUUCCAUGGAAACCCUCACUUACAAUACGCCUGAUGGACCAAAACAAUGGGGAGAAGUGUCAACCAAGAAGCUUAAAAUAUGGAAGAAGGAAAUAUUUGAGCAUAAUAGAGUAAGUCAAAGGAAUACAGAUAUAUCAGAGCAAGAGACCACUGAUUUUGAAGAUGGACAUUCAACAAUACAUCAGGCAUCUCCUGAGAACUCUCGUGUGAAUACAUCUGACAUAGGUGAAGAAAGUGAUGCUGAUAUAGUUUCAGUAAGAAGAAAAUUUGAAGACAUUCACUUCCAGAAUCAGUACGUAUGUGACGGGAAAAUUCAAGAGAAAGAAAAAGUUCAAGUAGAUGUGAUAGUACAAGAUUAUGCUAGAAAAAUUCCCAAAUGGAUUACGAUAGCACCGCAAGGUUUGUCGGAAGGUCUUCAUUUAGCUUCGCCAGUCCAAGAACUGAUUGGCAACCAAGCUGCUGUUUGCAGUAAGAAAGUGGAGUUGUCCAAUGAAUGUCCUUCAUCCAGACCUCUACAGUUACAGUUUUCUGGUGUUCCCAUUUCACCAAACAGAAUAACCACACCCAGGCAUCGACCUGCUCCAGAACUGAAUAAAACUUGCUAUGACAAUAUCUUGGAAGAAUACCAGUCUGCAGAUGAGGAAUGCUCCUGGAGCAAUGUAACUCUUGCAGACUUGUAUCCAGCAAUGGUACAGAUGCUUACAAGGCUGAUGACAAAGCAGUCUCGGAGAAAUGAGUUAAAAUACUUGGUUCGACACUUAAGGCACAAAAGAUGGCGUUCCAGAAGACCAAAGCUCAGUGUCACUGUAGACAAAACAAGAGGGUUCGGAGCCCUUAAACUGAAGCAAGCACUACCCGGCGAAUGCAGCAGUAGAAGUGAAGACAUCCAGAAUCAAACUUUUGGAAAUGAGAACAGAGAACUUUGUGAUGACAAGUGUUCCAUUAAUAAUUUAUCUGGUCUUGUACCUUAUUCUUACAUUGAUACAAAUGACAUCAAAAUGGGCUGCUGUGACUCAAGUUCAGAACAUCAUUUGGUAUAUGGAGAAGGCCAAAACCCCCCCUCCAAACAGACUGUUUUUCCUAAUGUUAUGGCUAGAAUGGGAGAGACAUUUCUAGUAGGAUAUGGGAUACAGCCUGCUGUCUCGCCGAGGAAUUCAAAAUGCAAGGAAAGUGAAAAAUUGGCUUACGGAUGUUCCUCAGAAUAUCCUUUUAUAACAUCUACUGCCAGUUCAGGGUCAACAGCGCUUCAUCUGGUAGAAGAGAGUAAAACUCGAAAACUUGGCUUUCCUCAUGGACUUAUCUCAGAGUUGUGUUCAUCUACUUGCAGUUCCUGUGGCAAUAGUAACACUUUUACGCCUGUCACAAACUAUUCUCCUGCAAAAGCAUCAAAUACUUUGCUCAUAAAUCCUGAAGGAAUAAUUUCUGAAAGACUAAUUUCUUUCCAGCACAAAAAUUCAUUUUCAUCAUUGCCUAUUAGGCAGAGUCCUUCAAAGAUGCCCCAGAAAUACGAAGAUGCAUUUGAAAAACUCUACUUCAAAUUGUGCUCCAAAGAAAUCCAAAAGCCUCUGACAUUGACAAGACCUCUUUCAAAUUCACAGAACCUUGAAGAGAAAGGAAGAUUAGUGAAGAGUAAUUUAAGUGAUUCUGUGAGGUCUGAUACAGAGUAUGAUAGAGAAUUUGACAGGAUCUAUGAGCAAUUAUGUAGGGAGGCAGUUCCAAAACUUCCUGGGUUUCAGAGGGCUUCAAAUUUAAGGAAAUAUGAAGGAAUACAGAUGUCUGAAACUGUAAAUGCUCUUGUUAACUCACCUGUUCGAACUUCAUCUGCAAUUCCCAGAGUUAAAAGACUAGGAGACUUUCAAAAUGAUCUUUGUUCAUCAGUAAAACGACUGAAAAAUAUACCAGAACAUUAUUUUCCUUCAACAAAAUGUCAACAGAUUUCUCACAGAAAAAAUGUUAGUCUUCAGACAGUUGGCAUGGAUUUUUUGAACACAUACAGUUACAGUAACCCCAGCUUUUUUGACAGUCACACCUGCCAGAGACAGGACACUGGAUUUCAUGCUGCUUCAGAUAAAACUUUUCUUGGUAUUCCUGGUACUUCCCUGCCAGAAUCUGGGAUUGCAGAGGCCCACUCUGGCCGGCCUAUGGCAAUGAAGAAUUACAGCUGUCCUGGAAACGCACAGAAGUGUCACCAGAGGGUAUCCAGAAAACUAAGCUACACUGAUGGGAAAGACCAAAAUCCUAGCAGUCCCUUGGACGACUUCCUGGUCAAAACUCACCAAGGAGCAUUCAUGGACUGCUACAGAGAAAACAUUGCUUUAUAAAGUCUGGGUUUUUGUUUUGUUUUGUUUUGUUCGUUCUUCUUCCAAGAAUCAAGGAUGUAUUAUGUGUAUCUAAUAUACAAUUAAACCUGAUUUUAUUCUUCCCUCUAAUAAAAAAAUAUUCAGGAACUUGUUCAUCCCUUCUGACAGAGCACUUUAUACUCCUUCAGCUUUAUCAGGUGCUGCAGGGAAUCAGGGUUCCUUUCUAUGACUAAGUUUAAAUUAUGUGUUUAGUAGUGUUUCAUAUAACAGAAUGUGAUCUGCAUUAUCUUUUUAUCUGCCGAUAAGCUUUGAUUCUUAAUGUGUUAGUAUUAAGUAACAAGCUCUUUUUGCUGAAUUCCUCCUGCCUAUUCAUGCUUUAUAGAUAUAUCAGUAAUAAGUCAAUUUAAAAAUCUAAGCUGGGCUGGAUGAUCCAAAUGCGGUAUUAUAUGCUAUGACUUGUAAUAUGCCUGCUAUGUAAUUUUAAUGUUACAUUUUCUGAGUCACUCACAAAAGUUGAUUGUUCAAUAACAUUUUAUAAUUUUUAGUGGUUUUGAUAGUGUUAUUCUGUGUUCUGACAAAAUUCUACCUGAAACAAUAUAUAUAUAUGUAUAUAUUCUAAAUAAAAGCCUAUACUUG